AUGAUUGAGGAAGUUCAAACAACAAUAACGAAGAAAGAGACGACGGCGUUCUCUCACGAAUCCGUUCCGGGUGAAACGGUCAACAAGUGUAGAUUAUCAUCCAGAAACCUCAAUCGAAAGAAAAGGAUUCUUGAAAAGACCAUCCUUGUGGAUCAGGGAUUGAUUCCUCAUCCGUUGUUACUGUUUACUGUUGUGUAUAUGCUCUACAAAUGUUCUUUUUUCUAUUCCGAAAAUACUGAUGCCCUGAGAAAUAGCAGGCGUCUUGUUCGCAGCCUGUGCUUAUAA